GUUAGUGAAAAGUUGUCUUUCUCUCUUUUAUAUAAAAAGCAACAACAAAAACGUGUGCUAAAGCAAUAAAACUUUGCUUUUUCGAGUUAUAAGCUUAAUGAGUAAUAACAUGACAGUGGGACAAAGGUUGGAAAAUGUCAUUGGUCAAAGAACUAGUUCUAAAUUCUUUCCAUAGAAUGAGUGUGCACUUUAAGACGCCACCUGGGGAACAUUUUCUAAGAAAACUAGCAAGCAUGGAAAGUGAUUCCAACAAAAAGGAGACCAUACAAGAUAUUGCCUUUAAAUUGGCUGAAGAGCAAUUAAAACUGCUACAAGUGGAAAAUGGUCCCAAGGAGCGCACAGUUUUUAUUCUCGGCAGUAAGGGCGUAGGUAAAACCACCGCUAUUAAUACAUUUUUUGAUCGAGAAGAUACCUCCAAACCCACUUUGGCUCUCGAAUACUCAUAUGGUCGUAGAACUGGACAUUUGCAAAAACAAGUGCUUAAUAUAUGGGAAUUGGGUUCUUUACAUAAUUCAGAACAAUUGCUAAGAGUUCCCUUAAAAAGUCAUGGCAUAGUAAAUUUCGCCGCAGUUAUAAUGUUGGAUUUAUCACAGCCUCGAAAGUUAUGGUCAGAUUUAGAGGCUGCUUAUUUGGGUCUAAAGCAAGGCUGUCAGGAGAUAGUGUCACAUCAGUCACAAGAGUUAACUGAUCUAUUAUAUGAAAAAGCUAAAGAACGUGUUAAAAAAGAUCAUAUGGAUUUAAAUACCCUAGAGCUAAUGCCCUUUCCCAUAGUUUUAGUGGGUGCAAAAUAUGAUUUGUUUAUGGGCUAUGAACCUGAACUUAAAAAACACAUCUGCCGCUGCUUAAGAUCUGUGGCACAUCUUAUAGGCGCUAGUUUGUUGUUUUAUUCGAGUAAAAUUCAGAAAUUGGCCAAAACUUUGCGUGAUACCAUAAGCCAUUUGGGUUUUGGCAGUCCUUCCAACCCUUUUCGUACCCAUAAUACCGAUUAUAAUGAUGCUUUAUCGAUAUGGUUUGGCACAGAUUCUUGGCAAAAUAUAUCCUCGUUAGGAGCUCAAAAUCUACAAAGUAUUCAGACUAAUUUGUCUACAGAGGUACCUCAACAACUGCAGCAGGCGAGAGAUCAACCGGUUCUAAAUGAUCCAGCUAAAGAUGCUGGUUUUCGUGAAAGUAUUAUAGAUGAAAUGCGUGCCCAAAAGGAUAAAGAAUUGGAGCGUCUCAUUAAGGAGGCCCAACUAAGAAGCCAAUUUCAAAGUGUGUCUAACUAG